GCGCCACGGAUUCUUGAUUCCUCACCAUCAUCAUCAACAUAAGUUACACGCAUGUCGAGUCCUCCGCCCUCGGGAACCAUUUUUGAACAAAAUCCUUAUGAAAAUCAUCCCAGUCUGUCGGUUAUAGAGGCUGAAGUACUUUGGGAAUACGCCAAACUAGCUCAGAACGUUAAACUGGUGACAACUAAAACGCGAAAAUUAAUGGAUGAACCAGAUCAGAUGUUGGUGGCGAGACUGAGAUCGUUAGAAACGAAGAUGGGGCUGGUGAUGGUCUUGUUCAAAGCCUCUGUAUGGAAUGUGAUCAACGAGCAGCCGGUUGAUGUACAAUAUGGCCCCGCAGAGACGAGUGAAGACACAACUAUACGGCAAUGAUAUUUGACGAUAU